UACUUUGUAGUAAAGUGCUGAAAAAUAAACUGUAAUUUAUCUUCUUUGGGAAAUUCUUUCGCAUUUGGAUUAAAUAAAAUCUGACUUUAAUUUUCAUGAAGCAGUGAUUUAUCUUCUGUAAGGUAACCCUCCAAUUCGAUAUUUUUGCCUUUCGCGCCCUUUAGCAAUGUUUGCCAUAUAAGGAAGACAGAAGUGUCUCAUGUCACACCUCGGAACGAAUCAAAACGAGGCUGGCUACAUUGAGUAAGAAUAGAAAAUGAACGAAACUUAAUGUCAAAUGGAUCCAGGGUAAAACGUCUAUCCCCAAUGUCUAACACAUCGAUAUGCAAACUUCUGUGGUCGUCUUUUUUCUGGCCUGGUUUGGAUUAGCGACCACAAACGAAGAAAGCGACGAAGAAAUCCAUUUCACCAACUCGUGGGCGGUCCAUAUCGACAACGGGGACCUUGACGCCGUGAACAGUAUCGCUCAAAAACACGGAUUUAUUAACCAGGGGCAGAUAGGAAGCCUUCCAGGGUAUUACCACUUUGUGAAACACAACGUUCGAGAGCGAUCGCGUCGAAGUUUGGACGAUCAUAUCGAGACCUUGUUAUUGGAGCCAAGGGUAAAAUGGGUAGAACAACAAAGGAUUCUGGAAAGGAGCAAGCGUGACGUCAUUCCCGGCGAGGAUGAACUGGUGCAGAGAUCAGUGGCAAGGUUGAGGCGCGAUACCGCUGUCACUAUCCGCGAUCCUUUCUUCAAAGAUCAGUGGUAUUUGCAAAAUAUUGGGCAAUCUUCCGGGCCCACCGGUGUUGACAUCAACGUGUUACCAGUCUGGGCUCGAGGUUAUUCUGGUAAAGGUAUCGUGGUAUCAGUAUUAGAUGACGGGGUUGACCACACGCAUCCUGAUUUGAAGAAUAACUACGAUCCUGACGCAAGCUUUGAUUUCAAUGAUUUUGAUGGAGAUCCAAGACCACGAGACGAAAACUUGGAAAACUGCCACGGCACAAAAUGUGCAGGUGAAGUAGCGGCUCAGGCGGAUAACGGCAUUUGCGGAGUGGGAGUGUCAUUCAACGCCAGUAUUGGAGGUAUUCGCAUGUUAGACGGUAAAGCCACUGACACACUUGAAGGAAGCUCACUUAGUUACCGCUCAGACUACAUCGACAUCUACAGCUGUUGCUGGGGCCCAAAGGAUGAUGGGAAGAGAUUCGGCAAGCCUGGUUAUCUAGCAAGCAAAGCGCUUCAAAUUGGUGCUGAUCGGGGUCGCGGCGGCAAAGGUAACAUCUACGUGUGGGCGACUGGUAACGGAGGUCUGACAGAUGAUGACUGUAACUGUGAUGGUUACACCACCAGUAUAUAUACCAUAUCGAUUGGCGCCAUCAGUGACCACGGUCUUUCUACGUAUUAUACAGAGACGUGUGCGUCCACCCUGGCUGUUACGUUUUCUGGAGGAUCGCACAGAGAAACCGCAGAGAACAAAGUGGUCACCACUGACCUACAUCACAAGUGCACUGAAGUAUUCAAGGGAACGUCAUCAGCAGCACCACUGGCCGCAGGGAUGUUGGCUCUCGUCUUGGAAGCAAAUCCUAAGCUAACAUGGCGUGAUGUGCAGCAUGUUAUCGUGGAGUCGUCUCGGGUAACAAGCCCGCUGGACGAGGGAUGGAAGACCAACGGCGCAGGAAAACGCUACAAUCACAAGUUUGGCUUCGGACGAUUGGACGUGAAUAAAAUGGUUGACAAGGCGCUGAAGUGGAAGAAUGUGGACAAGCAGAGAGUAUGCCAUGGUGCUGCACACAAUACAACAAGAUUUAUCCCAGCUUCUGGAAGCCUCAUUCUAUCAGCAAACACGUCAGCAUGUUCAAGCACCGCCUCUGAAAUAAGAAGACUAGAACACGUUCAACUUAACGUCACUCUGCAGCACCGUCACAGAGGAGAUAUCAGUAUUACGCUCAUCUCUCCAUCCGGGACAAGAAGUAAGCUGCUGACCACCCGAAGGAAUGACCAUUCGGCCCGAGGACUCAAGAACUGGGUUUUCAUGACAGUGCACUGCUGGGGUGAGGAUCCUAGAGGUUUAUGGACUGUGAUCGUAACCGACAAUGACAACAAUAAUCGUGAACAUUACCUGGAGAAACUCACACAGGGUGACGAAGAAGAUGUUACUAGAAUCUUCCUGGACGACACAGGGAAACAUAGUCAAACUGGUCAGCUGUCAUCCAAGAAGGACCAUGCGAAGGACCAUAUCUUGAAAAGCAUGGAAGAUACAGCUGGGAAAAUCUUUAAAGAAAGCAGAUUUGUCAAGUUUGCUCAUGGGAAGAAGUCACGGCACGUUCGUAAUAGCCCUCGAGUAAAGGUUACAAAGAAAGUAAAGCAUCACGCUAGAAAAGUCAAAGAAAGCAAAACUGCCCAUCUGAAGAAACAUUAUUUGAAAACUAAAACAAAUAGCAAAACUAAAAUAAACAAGGAAAAACAGAGUUGGACAAAGAAAGUCAUAAAUCCAAAUCCAAAUGUUAUUAAAGUAAAGCAACCAAGAAAGAUGUCAAAGAAGCACGCAACCAAUAAAUUAACGUCGAAAACAGUGUUAAGUCAAAGCCAUCAGAAGCUAAAAGCUCCAUUUAAGAAGCACGACAAUGGUGGAGAGAGAAAGAAACCUCAUAAGGCUUCAAAACAAGAAGUAAACGCCACUUUAACUAUGGCACAUAAACUGACGGGCCCCUUCAGCAAAUCUAGUACAUCUGCUUUAGGUAACCUAAGUAGGUCUGCCAAUGCCACCACAGCCCUGGGUCUCAUUUCACAGUUGAUAUCAGAAAUUCAAAAAAAUCCAUUGGUGACAAAAAUUGCUUUGGAAGCACUGAAAAAUCCUGCCAUAGGAAAACUAUUUGGCAUCGAUUCUUCCAGGGACACGGCUGAAAACAUUCAGGAAAGGCUUUUGCCGACAGCAAGCAUCAAACAGAAAACACAAGGUUUAGAGAAUGGGUCUGAAAGUAAUGGUUCAGGGUCACAUAUAUAUACGAGAAUUGUUGAUGGAGACAAUGUUUCUAAUGUAAAGGAAAAAUCCAACCAUCUUGAAAUGGUAACACCAGGAACCAUCAAUUCGAUUAAACAGAAACAUUUUCAAGUCUUCAAGAUACUUAAAGAUAAUGAAGAAGACUACAAAAAUGAUGUUAGCGGAAGUGGAAUUGAAGGAAGUGAAAUGUCGGGGAGUGGAUACUAUUUCGAUGGAGGUGGGUCCGGAAAUGAGGAGAACCUAAAAGCUGCCAAUCAUCAACUUAUAAACUGUGGUGGGUCAAAGAACUGUACAGGAACUCACAGUGAAGACCCCCUUCUUUCUGUUUCAAACAAAGCACAAAAGAUACUUGAAAAGGAAGAGAAUUCGUACGAGAUAUUUGACGAGGAUGAUAAGGAAAGCCAGUACGGUGAAGGAGAUGAAGACGAAGUCUUUGAAGAUGGGUCAAGACCCGUUGGAAGUGUUGAAGACAGUGAAGAUCUUAUCCCAGAAUUUGGGUUUGAUUUGAGGGCCAUCAAUGAACCUGACUCAUUCCUUUGUAAUUUCUCGGCGGUGUUAAGCAAUAGAUCAUCAAUUGUCACCCAAAGGGCGCGUUGUGUAGAAAAUGGCACAAUCGAAAAACGCAAUGAUCAAAGAGAUAAAGAAGACAAAAAUCUGGCUCAUUAUCUGGCAGUUGAUAAGUUAAAGUCAGCUUCAGGGGACUACAACCUGGAUAGCGGUGAUGACCAAUAUGGCAGCUCUUCGAAGAUUGAUGAUGAUGGUGAUGACAAUCAAAAUAUCGGUCAGGAUGAUUCAGAUGAAAAAUACAACGGCAAGGACUUGGAAGUUUUGCAGGAAGCUCUGGAAGAUCAGCUCUCUCGUUUGUCGAAGGAUCCAGCAUCAGAAAAGUUCAACAAGGAAAUUCUGGCCAGAGUCCGCGACGACAUCAAACGCGGUGAUAUUGACGAUCUGGAACUCUUAGAGGCACAGAUCUCUGGCGGUAAAACUGAUCUUUCCAGAGUUAUUAGAAGUAGCACCCCGGAAGACCACGAAAUUGAUGGUCUUGAUGAUGCCACACAAGAAACACCAGUAAUAUUUGAAGGAUAUAAUGAAGAAGGCGAAGACUUACAACGCAGAAGGAUUUCACACCAAGCACUUAAAGAAAAGUCAUCACAAACUUAUUAUGUCAACCCAGAUAAAUAUGGAAAAGUGAAUUCCGGAAUAUUAGAAUCGUGGACGUUGAUACUUUAUGGAACUAAAUAGCCUAGUUUGUUCUAGCGAUUAGUUUUUCUUAGGCCUGCUGUUAGAAUCGAUUAGAACGUGAAAUUGGUCUCGGGAUCAAUUCAAGGGAUUUAGAUAUAUAAUAUAGGGAAAACUUUUUUUAGUGAAAAAGAGUUUCUGGCAAUGUUCUUGCAGAACAGAUACCUGUUUAGUGAGUCUCCAGAAGACGUGAUAUAUGUUAGUUUCAAUGCGAAAUUGUACAAUUCAAUUAGGUUCAGGCACCCUAUUUUGGUCAAGGUGGUAGCGCAAGUUAAUUCAAACCAAAUGACAGACUAACGUUUUGUGCAUGAGUUUAGAUUGGAAACACUUGCCAUUAAUUUGUGUAAUUUCUUUUCAGUUGCUUCAUAAUGGACCCCAGUAUCGACUAGUACCGUGAAACAGCAAUCUUUUCUCAAGGCCAGGUUACAAAAUAAUGCAUUUUCUAUACUCUCACCAUUUCAUCCAUGAACACUGACCGUAAAAAAAAAACAAAACAAAAUGAUAUCAGUCUCAAACAAAAUAUGCUCUACAGUUAAAUGGCUUUUGUCUGUAGAGGGCAAUUGCAACGGAAGUUAAAUUAUAACGAGUUAAAUUCAAUGUCCUACGUUUUCUAUGUAUCGAGAAGAACCAUGACCCUGACGCAAACAUAUUUGAAUACGUUUUAAUAUAUAAGGUUGAAAAUAAGUAUUAAUUGUUAGAUCUUAACUUGGGCUCGUUUAAUUGGGCCUGCAUGCAAUAAUCAUAUGGUCCCGUUUUUUUUUGUUUUUUUUUUUAGGGGGGGGGAGGCUUUAAUUGAACAAUUUGAACAAUGAACUGUUUUGUACGAUGUCAAAUCGAAAGAAUAAAGAAUUUCUGUGUAACCUGACUCUGAUUGACUCCCCGUCUCAGGGACUGCAUGCAUGUGAUACAGUGUUCAUAGAUCAUAUCGCAAUCUGCUGCUUACGAGCCCCCUCGCUUAUAAGUCCCCUUCCCCGGUUAUAGGCCAAUCUUCAUGCAAACAAAACAUCACUUCCGAUUACAAGCCUCCCGGAUCCUAGGCCCCGCCACCCCAUCCUAAACCCCUUUAAUACGAAGUUCUAUAAGCCUGGGGCAUAUACAGCGACAGUUCACGUAUCUAAUCUUAUGCAUCGCAGGUUUUACCACAAACUCGUGCUAAGAGCCUAGGGCUGAAAACAAGUGGAGGAAACUGUUUUUCCGAUAAAGACUCGCUAAGAUGCACUAGCAUCUACAGAGUUUCACAACUCUGCAUAGCCCGCGAUUUACGCUCAGCAGUUGGAUUCACCUGUUCGGGGAAAAGAAAAUGCCUAGGAAGACUAAAUACCACACUUUGCAAUCAGCCGAUUGAGUGACUAGUUGGGGUAAAGAAAUUGCUUGAGAUGACAUGCUUUGCAGUAAAAUACAGUUCUACAAGGUAUCGUUCUCCCCUGACUCCGUGGAAAAACUACUUAUCGCUCGACUAAUUAUAAACUUCUCUUCAGUGGUGUGACAACAUAUUUAUCGAGAGUCCAUGCAGUUUGCGCCGGACACUGUUCGCUCGUACGACUUUCUCGACGAGUCAGUAACCAGCAGUCCCAAAGGUAGGGAAUACUUUGAGUUGCUUUAAGUUUAUACUUCAGCUUUGGUAUUCUGGAAAAUACAUACAGCGCGGUAUUUGUGUGGAACAGAGGUUACGGAUAGGAACUUUUAUAACAGAAUCCAUGUUAAACUAAAGGACGAUCACUAUUUCGUAUUGUAUGCUUGAAAUGAUACACGAAAACGGGAACAGGAAUUAAAAAUCAAGCGGCAGUUGCCAUAUGCAUCAAUACCAAAUUAUUUAAGUCACUCGAAAGAUUUGAGACUCGUAUAAAUUACCUUAUGAGUUGUAAUGAAACCAGCUUAACAGGUUUCUUUUGCAGGUCACAGGUCACAGGUCACGGGUCACAGGUCACAAUUAAAAAGCACUCAGUAAAACUCGCGACGUAAGAAUUACCCGAGGUUUAUCGAUGUUUCCAUGCAACAAACCUCAACUAAAUAUGUUUUACUGUAUAAUUUUAAUGAAACGAUUUCUAGGGAUGGUAUAUGUACGAAAUGGGUUGAAAUGUAGCUUUCAGACAUGUAGUGUAACAUAUAUUUUAUCGUAAUAAGAUAAUUCAUUAUUAUAGCAAAUCGAACUGUUUUAUUUCUAUCUUUGUUUGAAAUCUUUACAACGGGUAUGUACUAAACAGAAACAAGAGUGUCCCCUAUGCCUCUUCUGAAAGUUUCAAAAUGGGCGCCAUUUUACAUCAUUGGGGAUGACAUCCAAUUCAGCGACGAUGAAAUAAACCAAAUCAGACAAAGAGCCUUUGCCUUUUCUUGAAGACAAGAAAUCACUUCAAACACUCAGAUCAAAACCCACAAGAAGAAGUUAUUUACAUUUUUCGCUUUUAGUCAUAGCAAAAGGACUUAUUCCUUUGUAACGUUUUGCAAGAGUCGGGUUACACAUAAUUAUCAGUUGAAUUCUUGAAGUUGGUUCCCGUCAACCUGGAUUAAUCGAUGAUUUUCAGCAAAAGUUAAUGUUUGGUCUUUGCACCUGUAGUUAGCCUGCUAUUUAAAUGAUUUUGCGGUUCCUCAUCUACAUUUUCAGACGGAGGGAUUCCCUGGUGAAUAGAUGUUACCAUGUUGCAUUUUCUGCCUUGCUCCCAAAUUUUUAAUUCCGUUGUUUGCUAACAUUUUGGCGAAAGUUCAAGUCAA